AUACCCAUAUACAUGGGAUUCAACGUUGGUUUUGGCGCUAAUUCAAACAAACUGAGUCAACACUUCUCUACCUCAGCCAAGCUAAGAAAGUAGCAACAAUGUCAAAAAACUGCUUCAACCUCAAAACAAUGACGUAUUCAUCACCAAGACAACCCAUUAACCUUCCCACCGAUCCCAACCUCUCUUUAACCUCCUUCCUCUUCCAAUCAACUUCCUCUGUCGCCGACACCAUCGCCCUCGCUGACGCCGAAACCGGCAACUCCCUUACCUUCCGCCAGCUCAAAAUCCAUGUUUCCGCCCUCUCCCACUCUUUGCUCCACCUUGGUAUUCGACGAGGCGACGUGGUUUUGCUAUUAGCACCUAACUCAAUACGCUUCCCUGUUUGCUUCCUUGCUAUAGUCGCCAUAGGUGCUAUUGCCACCACCUCUAGUCCUUUAUACACCCUCUCCGAACUCUCUAGGCAAAUCCAUGACUCCAAACCUAAGCUUGUUAUAACCGUAUCUGAACUCUUCAAGAAAAUCGAAGCAUUGACCUUAGGUUUACCAUUAAUAUUACUCGACGACCCUUCCAAGAAGUUUGGUGCUAGGGUUUCAAGCUAUGAGGAUCUGAUCAGGGAGUCAUACAAUAGCUCCGAUGAUAUUCCGGUGAACAGAGAUGUGUCUCAAUCCGACGUGGCGGCGAUUCUUUACUCUUCAGGCACAACGGGGAGAAGCAAGGGAGUGAUGCUGACUCACCAGAACUUAAUAGCUACAGCGGUGGCGGGAGCGGUGGAUCAGGACCAGAACGGCGAGGGGAAGAACGUGUUUGUGUGUUUUGUGCCAAUGCACCACGUGAUGGGGUUAGUGGGGAUAACGUACACGCAGCUGCGGAGAGGGAACACGGUGGUGUCGUUUGGUGGUAGAUUUGAUUUGGAGAAGACUUUUGCGGCGGUGGAGAAGUUUAAGGUGACGCAUUUGUAUGUUGCUCCGCCGGUGAUGGUGGAGCUGAUCAAGCGGCGUGAGGUUGUUAUCGGUUACGAGUUGUCGUCGCUGAAGUAUCUCGUCGGUGGUGCUGCUCCGUUGGGGAAAGAUUUGAUGCAAGAGUGUACUAAGAUUCUUCCCCAUGUCCACGUCAUCCAGGGGUAUGGCAUGACUGAAGCAUGUGGACUUGUUUCCAUAGAAAAUCCAAAAGAAGGAAGUCUCAUUUCGGUUUCUGGUUCAACUGGAACACUAAUUCCAAGUGUAGAAUCUCGUAUAAUUAAUUUGGCAACAUUGAAGCCCCUUCCACCGAAUCAAUUAGGGGAAAUUUGGCUACGAGGACCUACUAUAAUGCAAGGAUACUUUAACAAUCCAGAAGCAACAAAGUUGGCCAUUAAUGAUCAAGGUUGGAUGAUUACAGGAGAUCUUGGAUAUUUUGACGAAAAGGGGCAGCUAUUUGUUGUGGAUCGAAUAAAAGAGCUCAUCAAAUGUAGUGGUUAUCAAGUUGCGCCAGCUGAGCUUGAAGACUUGUUGGUUUCUCAUCCUGAAAUUUCUGAUGCCGGGGUGAUACCAUCCCCUGAUGCCAAAGUUGGCGAAGUUCCGGUGGCUUUUGUUGUUCGCUUACCCAAUAGCUCAAUAACCAAAGAAGACAUUCAAAAGUUUGUAGCAAAACAGGUUGCACCAUACAAAAGGUUGCGGCGUGUGACUUUUUUAGAGAAGAUUCCAAAGUUAGCCACUGGAAAGAUCUUAAGAAAGGAUCUUGGAUAUGGCAUGACUGAAGCAUGUGGACUUAUUUCCUUUGAAAAUCCAAAGGAAGGAGCCUUCCUUUCGAAUUCAGGUUCAACUGGAAAACUAGUUCCAAGUGUAGAAUCCCAAAUUGUCAGUUUGCAAACAUCGAAGUCCCUUCCACCGAAUCAAUUAGGGGAAAUUUGGCUACGAGGACCUGUUAUGAUGCAAGGAUACUUUAACAAUCCAGAAGCAACAAAACAAACCAUUAAUGAUCAGGGUUGGACGCUUACCGGCGAUCUUGGAUAUUUUGAUGAAAAAGGACAACUAUUUGUCGUGGAUAGAAUAAAAGAGCUCAUCAAGUGUAAUGGGUAUCAAGUGGCGCCUGCUGAACUUGAAGACUUACUAAUUUCUCAUCCUGAAAUUUCUGAUGCCGGGGUGAUUCCGUCUCCUGAUGCCAAAGCUGGCGAGGUUCCAGUUGCUUUUGUUGUUCGCUCACUCAAUAGCUUGAUAACUGAAGAAGACAUCAAGAAAUUUGUAGCAAAAGAGGUUGCACCAUACAAAAGGUUGCGGCGAGUGACUUUUAUAGAGAAGAUUCCAAAGUCACCCACGGGAAAGAUUUUAAGAAAGGAUCUCGUAAUUUUAGAUCGACAAAUGACAUCAAAGUUAUAACAAAUUAGUGCCUUGGAAGGCUCUGCAGUCAGUGACAUUGAGGAGGUUGUGUGACUACAGUUAUCCCGUAACUUGUAACAAUGGUUGUUUUUUUUUUUAAAUUUAAAAAAAAAAAUAAAAAAAAAAUGUAACAAUGGUUGUUUACGCAAACUGUUAUUGUAUUAAUAGUAUUUAUCAUUUAUUGUUAUAUACAUUCAUGUAUGUUUUUUUU